GUAGAAAAAGAAAAACCAGAAGACGAGCACAUGGACAAGUCCCCAGACCUGAUCAUAUACUCCUACCAUGAAACCGAAGAAGCAGCGACCAACUUCGCAUUCUUCCGCAAGCACGCAUUGCACGCCAAAGCCGACUUCAUCAUCAUGAUCAACGGCGAGCAUACUCUCAAUCUGACAAGUCUCCACGCCCUCCCCAAUGUGCGAAUCGUCGAGAGAGAGAACCGAUGUUUCGAUCUCGGAGGCUACAAAGAGACUUUGGAGGCCAACAUGACCCUCGUCAACGCAUACAAGCGAUUCAUGUUCAUCAACGCAUCCCUCCGAGGCCCUUUUCUCCCGCCAUGGGCAGCCAAAACUUGUUGGAGUGAUGCGUAUUGGGACAAACUCGAUGCGAGAACAAAGAUUGUUGGAAUGACCUGGAACUGCGCCAAUGGCCACGACGAUUUUCCACCCCACGUGCAGAGUAUGAUUUUUGCCUUUGAUCGAGAAACUCUCCAGAAGCUCUUAUUACCUCACUUGAAAUGCUAUGAAAACAUGUGGAGCGCUGUCCACGAAGGAGAAGUGCAAAUUACGCCGGUGAUUUUGGCUGCGGGCUAUGAUGCGUUUGCGAUGGAGGGACGAUUUGCAUCUCAUGCGGGAACUACGAAGAAGAAUACUACGGCGUUUUUGGAAUGGUGUGACGAUGUUCUCCACUCGGGAAUGUAUCAGGGAAGUAGCUUGCACCCUUAUGAGACGAUUUUCGCCAAAACGAAUCGACCUUGGGAUGAUCGGGAUCGCAAGGUUAUUGACCUUUUGACAGAACAGGUAGAAUUGAUGGAGUACUCGAGCUACGAUAGUUGUAUAUGA